AUUGACACAUCAUCUAAUGAGACCUGAUUACAUUCUUUUGUCUAACUCAGGCACAUUAGUGGAGAGCUGGAUCAGAAACGGAGCAACUGAGACUUGAACUGGCAACUCUAUGGGAUGCCAUCAUCACAAGUUGCAGCCUUACCUGCUACACCAUAACAGUGGCCCAAAUGUCCCGAGGAUGCUGAGGCACCCAGUGAGAAACUGAAGUGUGUAACACAAUUGGAAAGUCGGGAGAAAAGAGCCAAGUAUUUUCUACAGACUGGGUCAUGUUAGAGUUAGUUAAUGCUCACACAGCCAAUGGACAGAGCCAACCACUCAACAGUAUCUGAAUUUGUGUUCUUGGGACUCUCUAAUUCAUGGGAGAUUCAAGUUCUUCUUUUCCUCUUUUCCUGUGUGUUCUACAUGGCGAGUCUGAUGGGCAACCUCCUCAUUGUGUUCUCUGUGGCCUCUGACUCUAACUUGCACUCUCCCAUGUACUUCCUGCUGGCCAACCUCUCCCUUCUUGAUCUGGGGAUUUGUUCUAUUGCAGCCCCCAAAAUGAUCUAUGAUCUUUUCAGAGAGCACAAAGUGAUCUCUUUUGGGGGUUGUAUAACUCAGAUCUUCUUCAUUCAUGCUAUUGGGGGCACAGAAAUGGUGCUGCUGAUAGCCAUGGCCUUUGACAGGUAUGUAGCCAUAUGUAAGCCUCUGCACUACUUGACUAUCAUGAGUCCAAGAAUGUGCAUUUUCAUUUUGAUUGCUGCCUGGACCCUUGGCCUCAUCCACUCAGUGGCCCAGCUGGCUUUUGUUGUGGAUUUACCCUUUUGUGGCCCAAAUAUAUUGGACAGUUUUUACUGUGAUCUCCCUCAGCUCAUCAAACUUGCUUGCACAGAGACCAAUAGAUUGGAGUUCAUGGUCACAGCCAACAGUGGACUCAUCUCUGUGGGAUCCUUCUGCAUAUUAAUUAUUUCUUAUGUCUUCAUUCUGGUUACUGUUCGAAAACACUCCUCAGGUGGUUUGUCCAAGGCUCUCUCUACUUUGUCAGCUCAUGUCACUGUGGUGGUUUUAUUCUUUGGGCCGUUGAUCUUUUUCUACACCUGGCCCUUUCCCUCAUCACACCUGGACAAAUUUCUCGCUAUCUUUGAUGCAGUUCUCACUCCUUUUCUGAAUCCAGUUAUCUAUACUUUGAGAAACAUGGAGAUGAAAUCAGCAAUGAAGAAACUUUGCCAUCAGCUUGUGCAUUACAGAAAGUUGUCCUAAACAAUCUAAAGCUAAACGAAAGUGUGGAUUGACAUUCAGUGAAAAUUUGAAAGUCACCAAA